GGUUCUCCUUACGUCUAUCCUCAUCUGUGGUACUACUACUACCACAGAUACUGAUUUUUGACUUCUGACUUUUUGUAAAAAAAGAUUUGUAGAAUGGAGGCAUACGAUGUAAUUGUGAAUCAACCCGUUGUAAUUGAUAAUGGAACUGGUGUGAUUAAAGCAGGCUUCGCGGGCGGUCAAAUCCCAAAAUGCAGAUUCCCAAAUUAUGUUGGUCGACCAAAACACACCCGGGUGAUGGCAGGUGCCUUAGAAGGGGAUUUAUUUAUAGGACCAAAAGCAGAAGAACAUAGGGGUUUGUUAUCUAUUAAGUAUCCAAUGGAGCACGGCAUUGUUACAGAUUGGAAUGACAUGGAAAAAAUUUGGAAUUACAUUUAUAGUAAAGACCAGUUAUCUACGUUUUCUGAAGAACAUCCAGUACUAUUAACAGAAGCUCCUUUGAAUCCCAGACCAAACAGAGAAAAAGCAGCCGAAAUAAUGUUUGAAACCUUCAAUGUCCCUGCCUUAUUUAUCUCUAUGCAAGCUGUACUCAGCUUAUAUUCCACUGGUCGUACAACUGGUGUUGUUCUUGACUCCGGCGAUGGUGUUACUCAUUCUGUACCCAUUUACGAGGGCUUUGCAUUACCACACAGUAUUAUGAGAUCUGAUAUUGCAGGAAGGGAUGUUACUAGAUAUUUAAGGUUACUUCUUCGAAAAGAAGGCAUUAUUUUCCGAACCACAGCAGAAUUUGAAUCUGUGAGGAAUUUGAAAGAAAAGGCAUGCUACCUUUCAAACAAUCCAAUUAAAGAAGAAUCAGUAGAAUCUGAACAAAUAAAUUAUACUCUUCCAGAUGGUACGGCUAUAAAAGUUGGACCAGCAAGAUUUAGAGCUCCAGAGAUUCUUUUUAAACCGGAUAUAAUAGGAGAAGAAUUUGAAGGGCUACAUGAAGUUCUAAUGUUUUCUAUUCAGAAAUCAGAUUUAGAUCUUAGAAAAGUUCUGUUCAAGAAUAUUGUCCUAUCUGGCGGAUCAACAUUAUUCAAGGGCUUUGGAGACAGACUAUUGUCAGAAAUUAAAAGAAUGUCUCCAAAAGAAACUGCAAUAAAGAUAUCCGCACCACAAGAACGGUUAUAUUCAACUUGGAUAGGAGGAUCAAUUUUAGCAUCACUUGACACCUUUAAAAAAAUGUGGGUUUCGAAAAGAGAAUUUGAUGAAGAGGGUCAAAGAGCUAUACAUCGAAAGACAUUUUAACUAAUUUUUUGAAAUAUUCAAUUCGAUUUAGCAAACAAUUUGAGCUUAUAAAUGUAAUAAUGAAAUAUGAGAAAGCUCUGACAUCUU